GCUCCGCCCCGGGCCCCGGGAGCCGGUCUUAUUUAAAGCGGCUCCUCACCUUGUCUCUCUGUCCCAGUGGAAGCAUCAGUCUUGUGAUAACAACUUGACCAACCAGAAAACCAACCAUGUGCGACGACGAGGAGACUACCGCCCUUGUGUGCGACAACGGCUCUGGCUUGGUCAAGGCUGGAUUUGCCGGAGAUGACGCUCCCCGUGCUGUCUUCCCCUCUAUUGUUGGCAGGCCCCGUCACCAGGGUGUGAUGGUGGGUAUGGGUCAGAAGGACAGCUACGUAGGUGAUGAGGCUCAGAGCAAGAGAGGUAUCUUGACCCUGAAGUACCCCAUUGAGCACGGCAUCAUCACUAACUGGGACGAUAUGGAGAAGAUCUGGCACCACACCUUCUACAAUGAGCUGCGUGUGGCCCCUGAGGAGCACCCAACCCUGCUCACCGAGGCCCCUCUCAACCCCAAGGCCAACAGGGAGAAGAUGACUCAGAUCAUGUUUGAGACCUUCAACGUCCCUGCCAUGUACGUGGCCAUCCAGGCUGUGCUGUCCCUGUACGCCUCCGGACGUACCACUGGUAUCGUGCUGGACGCCGGUGACGGUGUGACCCACAACGUCCCCGUCUACGAGGGUUACGCUCUGCCCCACGCCAUCAUGCGUCUGGAUCAAAAAUUACAACAUAUAAACUAG